CCCGGCAAGUCUCACAAGGUCACUUAAACAGGCGUGCUGCUGCGCUGUCACAGGUGACCCGAGCGCGAGAAGGGUCCGGGAGAGAGCACACCCCCACCGCCGAGUCGACGACGACGAGCACCCGUCCCCGUUCAGCCCGUUCUCAUCUCGUUUAUAAACUUCUCAUCGGAAACUCCUCCGUGUUGCGAAGAUGGCCAGAGGAAGCCGCAGCCGUCCCGCGGCUCCAGCAGCGAGCCCGGCUCCAUCCCAUGCCCCGGCACCUGCCCAUCCACCACCUGCAGCACUUGCACCAGCUCCUGCUCAGCCCCAAGGCCCAGGGCUCAUGGCCCAGCUGGCAACUACGGCUGCUGGGGUGGCAGUUGGCUCGGCUGUUGGACACGUCAUGGGCAGCGCCCUCACCGGAGCCCUUAGUGGGGGCAGCAGCAGCAGCAGCAGCCCAGAGCCAGCCAAGCCAGCGUACCAGGAGCCCCCUCGGCCUGCUGCAGCCCAGCCUGGCCCGUGUCACUUCGAGGUGAGACAGUUCUUGGACUGUGCGACAACCCAGAGUGACCUUGGCUUGUGUGAGGGCUUCAACGAGGCUCUCAAACAGUGCAAGUACUCUCAUGGUGUGACAUCACUGGUGUGAAGGACGAGUGUCAGAUGUCACCAUAGACACAUUUAAUAACAAGAACACUUUCAUUAUAAAUGGUUAAGGCUUUUGUUCAAACAUAAAAAACAAACAAACCGAAACUCUACUGCAGUUGGUGAUGACUCUGAUUUUUGUUUAUUUUGUCAAAUGAGUGCUGUGAAAUGAACGAACUGCUUUUGGUAAUGUACAGUGAUAGAAUCCAAUAAAGAGCUGCUACUAAUUUUAA